AGAAAAAUCACGUGACAUAAUUGGGAUAAUAAGAACAGGUAACGAACAAUUGAAGACAAUAACUGAGAGACAAAUAUUGCGCACAAUAAUUGUCUCUUAUAUAGACAGUUGUUUAGUAGAUUGGUUCACAAAGAAGGACUGACAUUUUGAUUGAAUAUAAAACACUAACGGCUAUUGAAAAAUAUGUGUGUUCAGCAUCCGUUUUUAAAUAAAAGACCCAGUUCUUGUUUAUGGAACAUGGAUCUUGGUAUAGAUUAUAUAUUAGAGGCUGGUGCGAAAGCAGAAUGUGAUAUAGAAUUAAUCACCAAAGCACUUCUGAUGUACCACAAUUUUGUAAGAUAUGUUGGAAAUACUCCAUAUGAUCCUGCUAUGGUUGCAGCUUCAGCAUUGCAUUUAAGUAGCAGAGCUGUAGAAAAAGAACUUGAGAUAGAUGCACUUGUAUUUUUAUUUUACCACAUGGUAAAUGGAACUGCCGAUAACUUGCACCCUGGAACCAUGAAAUUUAGUGUUCUCAAGAAAUCCUUGAUUACAAUUAUAUGCAUUAUGCAAAGAAUGCUUGUAUUUAACCUCCGAUACAACAUAGCUCAUCAGUAUUUAGCAACUUUUCUAAGUGUUCUUCAGCAAAAAGCUAGCCAUAUAGAUGGAUUUCUUGAAAAAAUGGGUGACACAAGCCUGAAAUUUAUCAAUGAUUUCUACAUAAAUAAGAUGUGCUUGAAUUAUAAACCUGCAGACAUAUGUAUAGCUUGCAUUGAGGCAGCAUUGCAGGUUCAUGGAUAUCAGUCUCACCUGUCAGCAUUGCAGCCUUGGUUUCAUGGAUUUAGUGAUGUGUCUGAAAAUAAAGUAACCGAAAUGGUGCAUAAUAUAUUUCUGUUGUAUAAAGAUAAAGAUAAGAUGGUGUCAUCUACAAGUGAAGAAGAUGAUGAUUCUGUAGAAAAGAAUAACAAUACGGUAGAAGGAUGAAAUGAGAAAAAUCAUGUUGCAAGGUUUUCCUAAUUUUUUCCCUUUAGCAAUUUUAUUAUAGAAAAGAUCAAUGUGUCAUUUUGAAUAUGUGUAUUAUUUAUUGAUAUAUGCUACCUUGUAUUAUCUGUUUGUUGUAAAUAAUGUAAAGAAAUGUCAUUUUCACUUGUGAAUUUUUACAUUUGCAUGGCCAUAGCCUUACGUUUUUCCUUAAUCAAAUUACAGUUUCUGCUUUGGGAAUAUGCAUCAACUUUGGUUAAAAUCAACCAAAAAUCUGUGUUAUAUUUGAUGCUUGUUGAUUCCAUGUGAUUUUUUAUAUUAAAUUUUAAUAUUUAAGCAUGGCUUAAUUUGAACUUAUAAAUGAAAAAUACAGUCAGCCAACACAAUUAUGAAGCAUAAAUGUAAAUAUUUAUCAGGUUAAUAUUCAUUUGAGUAUCUUUCUAUAAUCAUAUGAAAUAAUGCUUCUGUUCUCAAAUAAAAAUUAAAAUUCUCUUUUUGGGCUGCUUUGUAGCAUUUAAAAGACAAAAGCGUGCAUUAUAAUUUUUGUUGCAAUGAUACUUCAAAAAUGUUUUAUCUAAAGAAUAUUUAAUUAGAAUUUUUGAAAUUGCUUGUGAAUGUGAAUUGAAUUAUGUAUUGAAAUGCUUUGAUCCAAAUAAAGAAAGGAUUGGCACAUUUGCAAGUUGAAUAAGUGUUGAUGUUUUGAAUUGCUUGUGUUUUGCCAAUGUUUUAUAGUGAAAAUUUCAAGUUCAGUCCAAUCUUUUAUUUAUUAAGGAUUUCUUUUAUGGAGGAUGUAUUUCUUGCUGUUUCUCUUCAAGUUAUUGAAUAUUAUUAUAAGCAUAAGCAUAUUUGUGUAUUACAUGGAAUUUGUGAAUAAUUUAUGAAUCUGAUAUCAACAAUUUUAGUAUUCAUUAGUGCUCUGUUUAUUUUGUGCUUCAUUGUAUCUGUGCAGUUUAGAACACAAAUAAAACAAUUUUUGCAUGUUAAA